AUGCAGCAGCAGCAGCAGCUGCUGCAACAGCAACAGCAACACCAGCUGUCGCAGGACUACCGCCAUAUUGCGGAAUCUCACCGAUCACUAGAGAGUGAUGCCGCAUCGCCCUCAUUUGAUCCGUUGCACUGUCCCUCGUCAUCGCCUUCUCCGUCCCUCUCAGCCUACUCGUACUCCUCGGCAUCUAGCGCCGAUGACCUCUCGGACCAGGGUCCAGACCUCAAUGCCUUGUCGCUCGAGGAGAUAGACGAGCCUCAGUAUCGUCUCGCGCCUUCCCUUCACACGUUGCGAGAUCACCACCUUCUCGCUCACGGUCUCUCCAAUGCCGACCUUGAUCCUCGACAGUCGGGUCUACCCAGCGGUGCUGCAACACCUAUAGCUUCCCAAUCCUCCGCCUCCCUUCGAUUCCUGGAACAUUCGCGCACCGCAUCAUCUUCAUCGCCCACUCGUGCUGUUUCCUCGGCCUUCUCAUCCUUGUAUCGCAAGCUAUCACCCAGGAUUGCCUCUGAAGGAAACAGUUCGUCGACGCACAUCCUGUCGACCGAAGCUGAUGUCACAGUGCAGCGUCCCUCGUCGCCAGACUCGGGAGAGGAGGAGGAGGAGGGGCAGCAGCAGCGCGUCGAUCCAGAUGCCGAACCAGAUGGCUUCGACGCGUUAGAUGUUGACGAGGAAGAUAUGCACGCUGACGGCAUUCCAGCCGCUCGCGGUUGGCGUCUCGAUGCACGUCAAGCCGACACUGCCCAGUUCCGUACAAAGGUACUCCAGCUCUUUUCCGAACAGCUCGGCCUGGUUGGCUGGACACAAGAAACGGUCGAUUCUUCCUUGUGGCCACUCGAUCCCGAUCACCUUGGCCUCAAACGUAUCAGCGGCGCUUUUACCAAUGCUGUCUUCUUUGCAAGCUACCAGCCUACCCAGUCUGCACCCAGAAAUGUCGUUCCGCCGCCCACUGUCCUGCUUCGUGUCUACGGCGCCAGCUCAGAAGCGCUACUCUCUCGUCGUGCUGAGCUGCUCAUCCUACACACCCUGUCAAGCCUCUACGAAAUCGGUCCGCACAUUCUUGGAACUUUUGCCAACGGCCGUGUCGAAGAAUUUUACGAUUGCGAUCCCAUCAAGAAAGACGGAAUGCGCGAUUUUGGUGACCGCGAGGCGUACAUGCUCCCCGGAGGUAGACUUGUCGUCAAGGGCCACGAAGGUCGCGCACACUGGGUAGCGCGUCGCAUGAACGAGCUUCACUCGGUGCCGCUCGAGGUCAUGCGGACCGUGCUCGAGCAGGGCAACCUGCGUGGUCCAAGCGAAAAGGGCUUCGGACGAGGCAUUGAGAACCACAUCAUGGCAAGCUCACAUCGCCCUCGUCGCAGGACUCGCCAACGUCACUUGACCGGACCAACCGACAAGGACGCCGUAUCGCCUCACAUCUACGGUCUCGACAACCGCGGAGUCAUACGAGCCAGUCCGGCACCCUUAGGUCCUGACGACGCUUCGCCAGCAGGCAGCGUGGAUGUGCAUCCGAGCUACGCAUUCUCCCACCGAAACAGCUCGGCUGUCUCGCUCGAUUCGUUGGCUACCAGCUACAAUUCUCAAUCCAGUUUCUUCGGCGAAAGCCCGGCUUUGUCCGGCAUCACCAGCCCCGCCCUUUCCAGCUCGUCGGCCACCGAUACGCCCAAUUCUUACUUUCCCCCCGUCGCCAACACGCCGAUGAGCCCGCUUGCUUUGGCAUCACAAGGCCGCUCAAGCAAAUCGAAAUCGUCGCGAGGCCCUUACCCCGGCGUCUGGCGAAGACUCAAAAGAUGGUCACGCGAGGCGGCCAAAGUGAUUGAGCUGGUCGACGGGUUUGCAAAGACGCAAAACGGUGCCAAGGCUAUCGCCAUGUGCUUUUCCAACCAUCCCUCCAUCCGCCAGGAGAUGCAAGCCGAUCCCAAUGCGCUGACCACAGCCUCUAUUGGUCCCACUCCCGGAAAUCUCCGCAACACAUUGCGAGCCAUUCGGGCUAUCGAUCUCGUGUCACUGAUACGCCAAGUCGAAGAAUACAAACGCUUUGUAAGGAAGUGGGAGCGACGUGAAGGACCAUCGCGGCGUGUCUUUGCUCACAAUGACGCCCAGUACGGCAACCUUCUCGCCAUCAAGCAUCUCAACGCUUCUGCUGCUAUGCUGACUAGUACGCAAGACGAAGAGAGAUCGAGAGCUGCCAAAUCGCCAUCCGUGGAAGCGCCAUCCAUUCCGGCCGGAAUGCCCCGACUACAAUCGCACGAAAGCCGGCGCGACAGCGUUGCAGCCGUCCCCGGAAGUCAGAGCCCGAUCGCACCGAGAUCCAAGAGCCGCAGCCGAGCCAACUUUAAGAAAGCGCCGCCGCUUCACCAUCGCAUCGUCGUCAUUGACUUUGAGUACGCUAGCCCCAACCCGCGGGGCUAUGACAUCGCCAACCACUUUCAAGAGUGGCGCGCCGACUACCACCAUACCACGCUGUCGUGGUCAUUGACGCAUCAUGGCAGCUACCCAGAUGAGCAGCAACGUCGCAAAUGGCUUCGUGCUUAUGUCGAACAGGGCCGACUGCUCCGAAUGGGCGGCCGCGCCACCAAGGCUGGCCCAGGCUUGCCAGGUGCGCCUGCAGGAUUCGAUGUUCCCGCCGAUAUAGCGCUGCCGCCCGCCGUCACCUCGCUGCAGUACCCAGCUUCGGAAACGGGCAUUCACGCUCCGAUUACUGCUGAAAGGCCGAGCGCACCAGUCACGCCGGGCACGGGCGCUGCCCAAAUGGCCGCGCUCGAAAAGUCAUCGGGCGAACGCAACCGCCCAUCGAUUUUGCAAAACAGUUCCAACGCAUCUGCAUCGGCCAGACGGGACUCGACUUCGGGCUCAUCGUCCAUCGACAGCGAGAAAAUGCCGGCCAAACACCUUGGCAGACAGGGCAGCAUCGAGUCGAUCUCUUCGUCUUCUUGGCAGGCGCCACCGUCGGGCUCGCAUCGAGCUGUCAAUCCAUCUGCACCGAGCACUCCAGCCAGCUGUCUCAAUCCUACAUCGCCAUCUUUGGAAGGCUCGGCGUCGCCCCAAGCGCUAGCAUUAGCCUCUCUCGAUGCAAGCAUCGAAAAGGAGGUCGAUCGACUCGAGCGCGAAGUGCAUAUCUGGAGUGCGGCUACGCAUGCAGUGUGGGGCUUGUGGGGGAUCGUGUUUGCCAAGGAGGAACUCGAAUCUGUGCUAGCCAAAGCCUCCGCUGAAGCGGAAGGCCAGCAGGUCGAGGAGACGGUCUUGUCCGAGCAGAGCACUCAGACAGUACCUUCAGCAGCCUGUGCAGAGACGUUUGAUAAUUUGCGAUACGCAUUGGGUCGCAUCGAGCUCUUCCGUCAAGAGUUCCAGCAGCUCAAGGAACUCGGCAUCGACGCUAUCUGA